AUGGGAUUUGAUUGUUCUAGCUAUGACUUCACCAGCCCCGACUCCCAAACCGUAUUUCUUUACUGCCCAUCCCUCCCAGCCGCCAUAUUCUUCACCGCGGUUUUCGGUCUUUCGGCUCUCAUUCACAUCUUCCAGGCCUUCUACCAUCACAAAUGGCGUCUCUCAUGGGUCAUAAUCGUCGGCGCCGCCUGGGAAACCACCUCGUUCGGACUUCGUGCUGCAGCUACACAAGAUCCGUUCUCCAAAGGCCUUAUAAUCCCAUCUAGCAUUCUUGUUUAUCUUUCUCCAUUACUUAUUAACGCAUAUGCAUACAUGGUACUCGGGCGGAUGGUAUGGUAUUACCUUCAGGAUAAAAGAGUUGCUGGCAUUCAAGCAAAAUGGUUGACUGUUAUCUUCGUAUGGUUGGAUAUAGUCGCAUUUCUCGUCCAGCUUGUCGGUGCCUCUAUGGCUUCAUUUCGGGAUACAGACUCGAAUUCGACCGAACAGGAGAAAAUCGACGCUGCAAAUGGAGUAAAACUCGGACUUAACAUCUACAUGGGCGGUAUCGGGUUCCAGCUUUUCUGGAUCCUCGUCUUUUCGGUUUUCGCAUGGAGAUUCAGAGUGAAAGCCGUUAAUGAAAGAAACCAAGGCAAUGGAAUUCACCGAGAUUCGAGUUGGAAGCGCUUACUUAUUAUUCUUUACUUUACUUUGCUCAUGAUCGCGAUCCGAAUUAUCUUUCGUCUGGUCGAGUUCUCAGCCGGCUCCUUCGAAACGAAGCUUACCAUGACAGAAUGGUACUUCUAUGUUCUCGAAGCAACACCUAUGGCUACGGCUUGCCUGACCUGGAAUAUUUUCCACCCAGGUCGCUUUCUCGUAGGUCCGGAUAGCGAAUUCCCUCGAUUGACUCGAAAAGAAAAGAAGGCGAUCAAAGCGGAGAAAAAGAGGGCGAAGGAAGAGAAAAAGUAUGCUAAGAAGGAAGACAAACAGCGGCAUAAAGAGUGGAAGAAGGAGGAUAAGAGAAUGCGAAGGCGAGGGACUAACGAGUUGGAGAUGGGCCCCCUACAAGGCUCUCAAACCUAUCGAGCUGAUGAUAUCGGUCCAGCGUAA